UAGGCCGUGGUGUAAUGGAGAUUUGACAGCGAAUUAUUACAGGUCUCCCUCCUAUGCAUACGUCUUCCUUGUUGAUACGUAAUUACUACUGUCCUAAAUGAUUUUUUAAAUAUAUAUUUACCUUGGGUCGGUUAUAAUUUAAGGAGCAAAUUAUUUUUUAGUGUUAUAUUACGUUGGGAACUUUUAACAUAUGUCACCGGUUUCAGUCAAAUAAAUGGAAAUGUAUCAACAAUACCGUCUACUGUUUGUGUUUCUAAUUAGUUGAGCUAAAUCUAAUUAUAUCAUAUGUAGUAAUUAUCUCAUGUUAAGGUGAAAGUUAAUGUUUGUGGAUAAAAUAGGACGACCUACAUGUUUGAGGGUCGGUGUUCCAUCACCUUCAUGAUUAAAUAUUUCAUUUGACCACAGGUUUGCAUCGUUAAUUAGUUGUUCCCUGUUUUACAGGACAUGGAGAAAUGGCUUUUAAUCAACAACAAAUCAAUCAAUUAACUUUCCUCACACUUCUUCACUUUUCAUUUGGACUUUAUAUGAAACAUUCUACUGGUGAGUAGAAAAUAUAUCUACAUUACAUCUGUUCCACACAUGUAAACAGUGGACUGUGAUAUCUAAGACAACAAAUUGAACCACAAUAGAUUAACUCGCAGACAUUUGUCAGUUUUUAACAAUUGCUCAAGAAUUAAUAUGGAGAACGUUGAUCACUUGGACAUUUCGAACACAAUUGCUUUUAACAAUAUAGAUACAGUUAGAGAUACAGAGUCAGUUACACUGGCAGACAGACAUGAAAAAUUUGUGCGUAGUGAAACAUUUACUAAAGGAAGAUCGUUACAGGGAAAUAUUAUUGAAACUGAAUAUCGGUGUGAUGUUUGUCGAAAGGUAUUCUCUUCAGAACACGAAGUCCUCAAACACAAAGAAAUACACAAUAAGGGGAAGCCCUACAAUUGUGAAAUAUGUGGGAAAAAAUUUGUAUCUAAUAGCGUCUUAAGAAAACACAAAAGGAUACAUACUGGGGUAAAACCGUUUCACUGUGAAAUAUGUGGGAAAUCUUUCAUUACUAAGAGCCACUUGAAAAGACAUGAACAAACACACACUGGAGAAAAACCAUAUCAUUGUGAAAUAUGUGGGAAAUCUUUCAUUGAUAACUCUCAGAUCACAAUCCAUCAACGGAGUCACACUGGAGAAAAACCGUUUCAUUGUGAGAUAUGUAGAAAAUCUUUUGUUUCUAACAGUAUGUUAACAGCACACAAAAGGAUCCACACUGGAGAAAAUCUGUUUCAUUGCGAAAUUUGUGGAAAAUCUUUUAUCUCUAAUUCUAAGCUUACAAUCCAUGUACGGAGUCAUACGGGAGAAAAACCAUAUUGCUGUGACUUAUGCGGGAAAUCCUUUGUCAAUAAUAGUUAUUUAAUCAGUCACAAGAGAAUACACAGUGGAGAAAAACCUUUCCAAUGUGAGACAUGUGGAAAGUCUUUUAUUAAGAAUUCUCAGCUUAUUAUUCACAUACGCAGUCACACUGGAGAAAAACCGUUCGAUUGUGACAUAUGUGGAAAAUCGUUUGUCUAUUAUAGUGCAUUAACAAAACACAAAAGAAUACACACUGGAGAAAAACCAUUUCAUUGUGAAAUAUGUGGGAAAUCGUUUAUUAAUAAUUCAAACCUUGAUAUCCACAUACGUAGUCAUACGGGAGAAAAACCAUUCCACUGUGAAAUGUGUGGUAAAUCAUUUAUGAUCAACAGUAAUUUAACAACCCACAAAAGGAUACAUACUGGAGAGAAGCCUUUCCACUGUCAAAUAUGUGGGAAAUCGUUUGUUUCAACUGGUGAUUUAACAAAGCAUAAAAGGAUACAUACAGGGGAAAAGCCUUUCCAUUGUGAAAUAUGUGGGAAAUCUUUUAUUAAUAACUGGAAUCUUGUUAUACAUAUUCGUACUCAUACUGGAGAAAAACCAUAUAAUUGUGAAACAUGUGGGAAAUCCUUCUCCUUUAACUCUAGUCUUGCAGUACAUAAACGUAGUCACACUGGAGAAAAACCUUUCCAGUGUGACAUAUGUGGUAAAUCGUUGAUUAAUAAUUCAAGUCUUGUAGUUCACAAGCGCAGACACUCUGGUGAAAAACCUUACAACUGUGAAAUAUGUGGCAAAUCGUUUGUCAACAAUAGUGAUUUGAACAGGCACAAAAGAAUACACACUGGUGAAAAACCUUAUAACUGUGAAAUAUGUGAGAAGGCAUUCAUUACAAACGGUCACUUGAAAAAACAUGCACGAGUACACACAGGAAGAAAUUCUUUUCACCAUGAGACAUGAGGUGUCAUUCUCUUUCAAAUCUGAAAUCAUCGGUAAACGUUAGAGAACAUCACAGGGAAAUAUAUGAGAAAUCUUGUUAUAGGCGCAGGAGUGGCUGUGUGGUAAGUAGCUUGCUUACCAACCACAUGGUUCUGGGUUCAUUCCCACUGCGUGGCAUCUUGGGCAAGUGUCUGCUACUAUAGCCUCGGGCCGACCAAAGCCAUUUGAGUGGAUUUGAUCGACAGAAACUGAAAGAAGUCCGUCGUAUAUAUAUAUAUAUAUAUAUGUAUAUGUUUGUGUGUCUGUUUGUCCCCCCAACAUCGCUUGACAACCGAUGGUGGUGUGUUUACGUCCUGGUAACUUAGCAGAUCGGCAAAAGAGACCGAUAGAAUAAGUACUAGGCUUCUAAAGAAUAAGUCCUGGGGUCGAUUUGCUUGUCUAAAGGCGGUGCUCCAGCAUGGCCACAGUCAAAUGACUGAAACAAGUAAAAUAGUAAAGAGUAUAUAUAUACGACAGGCUUUUUUCAGUUCCCGUCUCCCAAAUCCACUCACAAGGCUUUGGUCGGCCUGAGGCUAUUAUAGAAGACACUUGCCCAAGAUGCCACGCAGUGGGACUGAACCCGGAACCAUGUGGUUGGUAAGCAAGCUUCUUACCACACAGCCACGCCUGUAGAUGAAUGUUCUAAACGGAAACAACCAUCAUGAGUGUGUGUAUGUAUUUAAAUAUGUAUGUGUGUGUGUGUGUGUGGUUAUUUCCCACCACUCACUUGACAACCAGUGUUGGUUUGUUUACAGCCCUGUAACUUAUUGAUUUGGCAGAAGAGACCAACAAUAAGAAACAGACUUAAAAAAGAAAAGUACUGGGUGUCGAUUUGUUUGACUGACCCCUUCAAAGCAAGUGCCCCAGCAUGGCCAUUGUCCAGUGACUGAAGCAGGAAAUAAAAAAUAUAAAAAAAUAUAAACAAAAAUACUAA